AUGAGUGAUCCUUGUGUCUUUAGCUGCAUCAACGCUGCCCAGCAAAACCUGGACUGGGUGCCCCACAGGGACAACACUCCUUCCUUGGAAGAGCAACUCAGCUCAGCCAUGGCGGAGGAGCAAAAGCUGGAGGAGGAGCUAGAAAGGGAAACAGCUCGGAAUGAGGAAUUGAAGGAGGAAGUGAGCCGACUGCUGCCAGCAUGCCCACAGGAAGUCGACUCCUUAUGGGAGAAGGUGGCCAUCUUGGAAAAGCGGACAAGAGAAGAAUCUUUAUCAAAUCUAGACAUACAGUCCCUCUACACAGAAGAUCUUCAGAGACAGUCUGAGAAGGAAGAGAUGUUUGCCCAAGAGAGUCUAAAGAGAAGGCUCCAUGAGACGGAGGCAGCUCACUCUGAGACCGUGCUAGAGCUGGAGAAGACCCGGGACAUGCUCAUUUUGCAACACCGCAUCAACCGGGAUUACCAGGUGAACCUUGGAGACUGAGCUGUCCACCUGGGAGAUGGAACAAAAGGG